GCCAGGAGGACCUCCGCUGCUGUAAAUGUGAGAACAAAAACCCUAAAACCAUCGGACUGCCUGAGGUUGAAGAUGUUUUACUGGAUGAAGAGGACCCGUGGAGGCUCGGAGGCCUUGGACGGGCUCGGGAACAUGUCUAAGUCCGACAUUCUGAGAGGAAUCGUGAACGAGAAGCUGACCACGGCCGCUCAGGAGAUCCUGGCCGUGGUGGAGAGGACGGUGGCCGGGUAUGAGGAGGAGGCGGCGGGCUUCAGGCGGGAGAUAGACCGGCAGAGGAGGCAGCUGGAGGUGCUGCUGCAGCCGAGGGUCACCCUGGAGAAGAGAGCCCUCAUCCAGGAGGAAGAAAUUCAUGAUGUGGUGGUUUUGAGUGAAGAGGAGGAAGAGGAGCGGCCCAAACAGCCAUCUGGUGCGGAGGACACUGAGAGUCUGGGCCUGUGGUUUGAUGAAUAUGAAGACGAUGAUAAUGUCGGGGAUGAAGAGCGGGCUUCGGUGCAUUUAACGAGUCCGAGCUCCAGACAGAGAAAAGAAGACCUGAAGGACCCGGACUUUCAGAUAACACCCAGGUUAAUCUCCUCCAAAGUUCGUCCUGGGAAAAGAAAACCAGGCAGACCCCGACUCAGCGAGUCCCAGAACCACCUCGAUCUGAAGAUCCGCAUCCUGGAGAGCUCCCAGAUCGACGUGCUGUCCAACAGAGUGUUCCCAAACUGUCCACUCCACGACCUGAGGUGUCCUCGCGGCCUGCAGGAGGCGGAGUUCCUGGAGCGUCUGAGGUUGACCUUCCCUCAGCUGGCCAAUCAGGAGUCUUUUGAGUUCUUCACGACGGAUAAAUCGAGGCGGCUUUUUCCUCUGGUGGUGACGACUCGAACGCCUGAGGAGAUCUGCAGGAGCAUCCGGCUGAGUGGGUCGGGGAAAUCUGCCCUCUACAUCCGCAUAAAGACAGCGGGGGAUCCUCAGGCCAGCAGCGACGGCGUAAACCUCAUGCAGGGAGAAGAUGUUUCUCCGUCUACAUCAGCUGACCAGACGCUUACGGGGUUUGCAUCUCCUGGAGUUUCGUCUGAGAAAAGAAAGCGUGGCAGACCCCGCCUCGGAGAAGAGCCGACCCACUACCGUCUCCGGAUCUGCAUGCUGGAGGAUUCCACGUCUGACGUGCUCUCAAAAGAAGACAUGCUGAAGUCUCCGAUCCAGGACCUCAGCUGUCCUCGUGGACUUCAAGAGGAGGACUUCCUGUCCCUGCUGAGGUCGACCUUCCCUCGGCUGGCCGAUGAAAAGCCUUUCCAAGUGUUCAAGUCGGACCGCAGCAGGCGGCUCCAGCGGCUGCCGGUGACGUCGAUGACGCCGGACGAGAUCUUCAGGAGCAUGAGGAGCACCGGGGUGGAGAAGGCAGUCCUCUACCUCCGCCUGAAGACGGGAGAGGAAGAGGAGGAGGUCCACCUGCAGAAAAACAGCUCUGAUUCUCCAGAAACUUCUGCUGUGAAGUUAAAAACGGAUGAAGGUGGACUCACUUCAAGAUCCUUGGGUCAGCUUGUGGCCAGCAGAGCAUCCGUCCUGUCCAGUAGCUCUAAAGAGACUGAGAACGUCGAUGACGGAGAUGCAGCUGAGAGCCAAGGGGACUCGAGCGACAACGAAGAGGCGAAAGACCGAGAUGAAGAAUGGAAACCAGAUCCCGAAGAGAGCAGGUCAAAAACAAAGAGAGGUAGGGGUGUGAAGCUGAUGGAGGCCAGUAAAGACCCAUGCAGAGUCUGUGGCGUCGCGUACAGUAUCCAGAGCAGCCUGGUCAAACACGCCUGGAAUCACGUGGAGGAGGCGCAGAGGUUGUGUGGAGUGUGCGGGGAGAACUUCGAGUCUGUGGACCAGUUAAAGGAACACCUGAGGAAUUACCAAGAAACUCACGACUGUGCAUUCUGCGGGAAGUCUUUCCUCACCAUCACUGGCCUGGAGCACCACACCACACGCCACACAGGGGACAGACCAUUUAAAUGUGACAUCUGCAGCAAGGCGUUCGCACACAGGUACGCGCUGGGCCGCCAUCGUUGGGUCCACGCACCCGUCAAACCACAUAAAUGUGACGUAUGCUCGAAGGAAUUCAGUCUGAAGGCUACGCUCCAAGCUCACAAGAAGACCCAUGCAUCAAAAGUCCGCUAUAACUGCCCCAUGUGUGGGAAGUCUCUGUCUGACCUGCGAUCCCUGGCUCGCCACAAGGCAACGCAUUCUGGAGAGAGACGCUUCGGCUGUGAGGUCUGCGGGAAGCGAUUCAAGCUCCUGUACACUUUAAAAGCUCAUGAGAAGACUCAUGAAUCCAGAGAGAGGCUAUUCCUCUGCCACAUCUGCUGCAAAAGCUUCUUCUCGAACUGCGGCCUGAAGGCGCACAUGAGGACGCACAGCGACGUGCGCCCGUUCCCCUGCGGCGUCUGCGGGAAAGGCUUCGUGUCCAACGGAGAGCGGAAAGUUCACAUGCGAAUCCACACUGGAGAGGCGCCGUAUGGCUGCUCGCAGUGCGGACGCUACUUCAAGCGAAAGACUCACCUGAACUCGCACUUGAGGAGCCACCUGGGCCUCAAACUGUUCGUGUGCAGCGUCUGUGGGAAGGCGUGCUCUCGACAGGAACACCUAAACGUCCACAUGAGAACGCACAAUGGGGAGAGGCCGUACCAGUGCAACUUCUGUGACAAAGCCUUUACCCAGGGUCACUGUCUGAAAACGCACAUAAAGACCCACCACCACCAGGAAACCCAGCUCAUGAACGCCCUGAAAACUAAAAGUCCAGAUAUGGAUGAUCUGAUGAAGUCAGAAUGACCAAAACAUGUUACUACUGAACUCAUCGAAACACUCGAGGAGGGAGGGUUUUCACUCCACAACCCUGGAGAAGUGCCGGCCAUUGUUGCUCUUUGGUUGGGGUGCAUAUGAAGACUUAAGUGAAUUUAGGGAUCUCUUCACUGAGCACUUACCCUUUUAGUAGGGCACAAGUAUCUUCUGUUUACUUUGAAAUUACACUAAGAACAAAAAAAAAAGACUUGGAACAAGCAUCUACUGAAAGGUUUUUUCUUUCUUUUAACAAACGGACACUAGGUUAAAAAGGUACUUGUAUUGUUGCCAUAAUUCCACAAGCUGGUCUUCUUUUCGAGUAUUCCUCUUGGCACAGUUGUGUUAAUGUUCACUGCCAUGUUUGUGAACCAGAAAAUCCUGCAGCAUUUGGUUGGACAUGCUGCUGGCUCUCUUUGGCUUUUGUACGUAUUCCAUAGGAGGCACCCCUAUCCACAAAUAUAAAUUAUAUGUGAUUAUUUAGAGCUAAAGUUUGGGGAGGCUCUGACUCAAUCAGAAGCAGUAGAAUAAAAGCAUAGACACCACACACUUGAGGAUUAGUUGGAAGAAUAAACAGUUUUGACAAGCCUUGAAUUGGGCCAUGCCCCCAUGGUCGGGGGGGGGGGGGGUGUAUUGGGCCUGAAGUUGUCUUGUGUUGCAAGACUGGACUCUCAACUUCUGCUCUGUUUUGGUGGGUAGGCAUCAAGCAAAAAUAGUCUUUUAAGUGUAAAACCCCUCAAUUUUGAGUGCCAUCUUACCCCUUGAAACAGCAUUACAUCAGUUCAGUAACAAAUGUCCUACAAAUACCAUCGAAAGCUUUGUGGAAAAAUGUUUAGGGGACUUCAGGAAUGUUCUGGCUUCUUCUAGGUAUCUCUGCUCUGCAACAGACCUCCCCUCCUCCAGGCUGGCUCUCCAAAAGCAGUGGCGAGCCAGCCAAGAGAGCUGAUCCUGUAGCACUCCUGGCUGGCUCACCAAGACAGUCAAUAGAUUUGACAGUGUUUUCUGACUUAAUGAUGCUUACUUAGGGUUAAAAUUUUCAAAAUAAACUCAAUUUCUACCCACUUGACUGUGUUGUAGCUGCAGUAGGAGAAGAUGCAAAAGCUAUUUUGUAAAAUAAAAAAAUGGGAAAGUAAAACAGUUACAUUGAGAUCUUGUAAACAAUAAUCAAAGUGUACUUAAUGGAGGAUAGAAAAUACAUAAACAAUCAAUUGAAGAAUGUAAAAGUUGAUUAUUUUGGUUACAGCAGCACUUGGAUUGAAACAUGGGUAUAUUUUCUUGGUUUUCAUUUAAUAAAGAGAAAACAAAAACUAGCUAAAUUGUUCACUGUUAAAAUAGUGAUUUGAAAGAAAAUUUAUUUCAGUAUAAAAGAUUUUAUUUGCUGUUGGUGUACAAUGUUUGCUGGUGUCAUCAUUUUAAUUUAUUUUUUCUGCUUUUUAACAUUUCUGAUCAAAACUGAAAAAAAUUUGAUUUGAAAUGUAAUUUUACAACAAAGCUAGUCAGAUUACUUUUUGCUUUGAAUUUAAUCAUGACAAUUUUCAGUACAUUUAGACAUCUCAGAAAUGUAUCAGUACAUCCCAAAAUUAUAAGAAUAUCACUUAAAAGAAGGCAUUAAUAACCAGCGAAAUCCAUUAGACAAAAUAGAUCAUUUAAAGCGUUAAUAAUAAAUUAUGUCUCUCUGAACCAAUCACAGUUCAGGUUUGUCUAUAAGUCUACCAAUGACAAACAUACAUAUGACAUAUUUUUUAUUAAAAAAAAAUCAAAGUUUACUGUCGUGAAAAAUUUUGGAAGCUAAAUUUUAAUGUUGACUAAUUCUUGAACAAAAAAUAAAUAGUAAAUGAAUAAAUGUGUUUUUCUAAUAAAAAUUAGUAUUUAUAUGACAAGGCUCCUAAAUACUGUUUUAUUAGAACUAUUUUGGUCCAUUUCUUUUGGUUUCACAUAACGGUCCUGGGCCUAGAUCAGAGAACACUUGACCCCAAAGAUGAGGCACUUUGCCCAAGUCCACUUGUAGAGUUACUCUAAAGCCAGGUGUACACUGCGAUUUUCCUGCGAUUCAGCCACGAAUUUAGCCACUUUGAAGUCAGGACGACUUUCAUAUUGGAUCGGGCAUCGUUUGUCGUGCUGUGUACAGGGGAGUUUGACGGCCGACCACAGCCAGACUACGACCCCACGACCUGCUCCCGACUGUUCGGGAGGAUUUCUGGCAUGUUCGAUAUUUUGGUCAUACGACUUCAGACACUUCACAGUCAGAGCAGAAACACGAGCAGAAUAAAAAACUUUGGGGGAUUGUUUUCCUUUGUAAAUAGUCAG